UUCAAUAGCUGCCAGUGUCGGUUUAGUUCAUUAGAACAAGAAAGACGGAAGCAUCAAGGAGCAAUGGCUGAACUAAAAUGGAUUAAAGUUCAUUUAUUUCUGUUCCUGGGGCUUCAGUUUACUGUGUGCACAAUAACUGGAUCAUCUGUUUUCAUAAGAUCUGGGGAUGAUAUGGUUUUGUCUUGCCAACAUGUGAUAAGUGGUCAGAUAAACUGUAAUGGUACUGCAUGGCUCUAUGGUAACACCAGCAGCUCAGUAGAACUGGUUACACUGGGACAGGUUAAAAAUGUUCAGAGUAAAUCUAACAGACUGAGUGUUGCAGCAAAAUGUUCUCUGGUAAUGAGGAACAUCACAGUGAAGGAUGCUGGUUAUUAUAAUUGCCAACAAUAUAAAUCUGAAGCUGAACCCAGUAAACACAUUCUGGUUCAUCAGUCUGGAGUUUCUCUGUCUGUUGUUCACAUGAGUGAGCAGAAGGUUACAGAUGUGGUGACAUUAACCUGCUCUGUGGAGACGUUUGGUCAGUGUGAAUACAGAGUGAAAUGGCUGACUGACUGUUCUACUGGGAAUAUCGCUCCGAUCAACUGUCCAACACAACACUCUGGCUGCUCUGCUGCAGUUUGUUUUAUAGAGGAUUCCUACACACAGAGUUGUGAGUUCCAGUGUGAAGUCACAGACGGUGAAACCAAACAGAUCUUCAACUUCAACCAUCAGUCCACAGAAGAUAAAUCAGGUAAAACUACAUGUAACCCAACAAGAAAAGCUGAAGAUGCCACAUCAGUUUUGCCUAUGAGAAAUUCUUUGUCCAAUGAAGGAAUAAAGAUCAUCAUCCUCUCUCUGGGUUUAGUGGCGCUUUCAGGAACUGUUCUGGUCGUUCACAUCUGGAUAAGAAUCAAAGGAAACAAAACAUGGACUGUAAGAAAUAAAAGUGGUGAUGAUGAAGAAGAUGAACUGUAAAAACCCUUGAGACUGUUUGGUUUAUGUCAGAAUCCAUUCAUGAAUAUUACCCAGUCCUCAAUAUAUUAAGACCCAAACUGUUAGGCUGCAGACAUUUUCAUUAGUAUUGAUUUUAUAUGAUAGUUAGAUUAUUUGCACACAAGAGGGCAGCAGAGAGCCGGAAGUAGUGAAUCUUGUCACCUUGUUUUCAGGAAGAGGUUUGGUUAAUGUCAGACAGAAACCUGUUAACUGUCGUUUUGCUUCAGUUUGUAACCAGAGAUACUAUCAAUAUGUAUGUUUUGCUAAUUCUUUGCAAAAAUAUUAAGAUUAAUGUGGAUUUAUUAUCAUUUUUCU